AUGCUAACAGAUAGUCCAUCUUAUAAGCAUUCAAAUAAGGAGAACUCUCCAAAACAUUGUCCAAUCAUCAGAAAAAGCAACAUUUCACAUAAGCUUAUCAAUGAGGUUUUAAACAGUGGAUCUGAUUAUCUGCAAGAUUAAUUGGAGUAGAUUGAUCACAAAAUAAUUUAAUAUUAAUGCAAUAUCAAGUAGAAGAUAACUACUUUACUUGGUGAAUCAACUUGCUCAAUUGAUUAACAAUUAUUUCAAAACAAACUUCAAGAUUUGCGCAUGGAGGAAUAAAACUAUCAGUAAAUGCAAAGUGAUAUUGAUAAAUAAUAAUCUACGCUUUAUGAUUAUUAUGAAACUGAAUUCAAUAAGCUGAAAUCACAAUAUGAAUUAGUCACUCAAGAACAUCAAUAAUUCAUCAAAGACAGAGGUGAAGUUCAUCAAACUUAUAAUUCAAUCUUGGAAACCAAAGCAAUGUUAAAAGAAGAUUUGAAUGCAAAACUGUUGCAAAGAGCAGAAUUAGUUGGUUAGAAAGAGGAAUUAGAAGAAUUUGUGGAGCAAAUUAAAAAUGAUCAUCCUUAACUCACUGAAAUUGUUGAAUCCAUUUAUCAAUGUGAUCAAAAGACCUAAGAUAUUGCUAAAAAUAUUAAUAAUAUAACAAAUCAAAUUUAAUUGCUCUAUUUUCAAUAGGACGAGAAAAAGAAAUAAUUAUCUUCAUAUAAUCAAACUACAUUACUUGAAGUUUAAGUACAUUAAUAAACCCAGAAGGUCAAAUAUUUAAAGAACAAAAUUGUACCUAUUUAAAAAAGUUUGAAUCUUUAACAUCCAGAUUCUAUUCUAAAUGAAUUUAUAGUUUACUAUGGAAGUUAGCCUAUUCAUCUGGAGUCAAUCGAAUUUCAGACUAAACUGACUAGUUUUAUAUAGUAAUUUAGAAAUACCCUAUUUAAAUAAGGAAACCAAGGAAACAAUUGGGGAAGCAUGAAGGAAUUUGUAUUUCAAUUGGAACAAUUCAUUUUUGCUUCUUUAUCCCAAAGACAAAGCUAAAACUAAUUGUCUGAUUUAAAACAUAGUUUAAAGCAAUAUGGUGAUGAGUAACUACUAUCAAAUGAAGUUUGCACUAUCGAUUAUUAAGUGGAAGUGAAAAAAUAAUAGAUUAAGGAAUUUGAAGAGGAAAAAUCUUAAGCACUCUAUAGAAGAGAAAUAUUAUAUGAUUAAUUUUAAGAAAGAGUUAGUUAAUAAAGCGAGGAAGCAUUUCAACAAUAUUAGGAUUAAAAUGAACAGGAACUUACUCACAUCUUAAAUGAAUUUGGGAAUGUAGAAUACAGGUCUAUUCUUGAUUAGACCUUCAAAUAGAUGCAGCAAUUAAUGCAAGAUUAAGAAGAAGAAUAAUUUAAUAACACUUAUAAAGUACUUUAAUAGUAUUAUCUCUUCGAUUAAGCAAUUAAGAUAAAUAUUUAAAUGGUUGAUUAGGAGAUACUCCCAUAAUUAAAGAAUAUUGGAUAAUCAAUAAAUAAUGCAAAAAAAGAAUUAGAUAAAUUAAGUGGAAGCGAAAGACCGUACAUAGAUCGUUAAACUAAAAUAGAAUUGGACAUUUAAUAUUUGGAGUAGGAGUUUAAGAGAAAAAUUGAUUAUUUUAAUAGUUAAGAGGCAGAAUUAUAGAGAUGUUUGAGUGCAACUAAGCUAGCUAUUGAGAACACUCAAGAGUAACUAUUAUCAAAGGACAAACCUAAUAAGGCUUUAUUAGAACAAGAAAUAUUGCAACUCAACAAUAUGUUGAUUCAAUUGUAGGAAUAGAAAAAAUAGAUUGAGGCCUCUUAAUUCUAGUUUAGCAAAUCCCCUCAAAAGAAUGAUGUUAGUAGAAGAAGUUCAAAUGGAGGCAUUUUGGCAAUUUCAAAAUCUUUAAAUCAAUUUUCAAAGUUGCGUAAAGAGCCAACAGUGAAUAGUUUUAACAAUAGUGUUGUCAAGGGUAUUACACCUUCAAAAGAGUCCUCAAAUCUAUAUCAUAUUGCCAAAUAUCCUAAGCCAAAUUGUAAAACUUCCUAAGAAUUGCGACUAAAGUCUAAUGUUUCAUUAAAAUCGAUAAAGUGA